AUGUCGGAACAGGCCAUCACACGAGACACGCCGCAGCUGAGGAAGUCCAGGAGAUUCUACCAUAUUGAAGCAAGGUCCUCGGACAAGCAGUGUGCGGUGUUCAUCUUUGACAAGAAGAAGUUCGAGUCGCAGCUGGUGAAGAACAACAUUGUGAAGAGAGGUGACAAGCAGGUGAUCAACGAUGCUUACGAGGUGUUGAGGAACCAGGUGUCCAAUCUGGCCAAGUAUAGGCAUCCGAAUGUGCUGACGAUCAUCGAGCCCUUGGAGGAGCACAAGGCAAACUUGAUGUUUGUCACUGAGCCUUUGCAAGGCUGUCUCAACCAAGUGCCAGAGCUGGACGACGUUAGCAUUCAGAAGGGCCUGCUACAGCUGAGCAAUGCACUGGAGUUCGUCCAUUCCCAGGCCAAGGUUGUUCACCUGGGUCUUUCCCCGAAUUCUGUGUUCAUCAACGACAACUCUGAUUGGAAACUGGCUGGGCUGGGCUUUGUCCAGCCGACUGAUGUCUCUGAGUACUUCAUCCCACAGUACGAUCCCAGAAUUCCUGGGUUUAUCAACAUCAACCUGAACUUCACUGCUCCGGAAGUUGUAUUGGAGAACUCCAUAUCAACGGCCGUGGACAUGUUUUCACUGGGUGCCCUGAUCUACUACCUCUACAACCAGGGCACCACGUUCAUCAGUUGCAAUAACUCGACAAGUUACUAUAAGGAUGACUACGCAAAGUUCGAACGCUCUCUAACGCAGAACAACCCACGACAGCUGUUCAAACAGGUCCCUGAGUCGCUAUUCCCUGAAAUGAUGAAGAUGCUAUCGAGAUACCCGAAUCAGAGGAUCUCAACACAGGAGUUCAUCCAAUCUGAGUACUUCAACAACCCAUUGGUGAAAGUGAUGGUGUUCCUGGAUGAAUUCCCAACAAAGACCAAUGAUGAAAAGUUGAUCUUUCUGAAAUCCCUGGUGAAUCUAUUGCCUCUUUUCCCCAAGAACAUCCUCCAAAAGAAGAUCCUGCCGAUCAUGAUUGAUCUCUUAUCUACUCGGGAGUUAUCACUCGUCCAGAUCACGCUGACCAUCAUCAUUCUCAUUGGUGAAAACUUGUCGCAGCUGACGUUCCACGACAAGGUCUUUGCUGUGCUGAACGAUGACAAGCUGUUACAAUUGCCGGAGGCCCAGAUCGUCAUACUGGAGUACCUUCAUAUCUUGAAAACGAAGGUGAAGAGCGACGAGUUCAAGAAGUUGUUGUUGAAAUUAACAGAAAGAACUUUGGAUCUUCAGAACAACUUCCAAGUCCAAUCAAAGACGCUUGAUAGAAUGGAUAUCAUCCUGAACACUGUGGAUUUCCCAAACAUUAAGAACAACAUCUUCCCAAGGAUUUGCACGCUAUUUUCAAAGACAACGUCUCUCACAGUGAAGGUGAAGACCAUUGACUCUUUUGUGCUGUUGAUUGACAAGAAGGGGAUCGAUAAGUUCAUCGUCCAAGAGACCCUGUUGCCUCUCUUGAAGUCCAUGAAGACUCGUGAACUGAAGAUUAUGAAUUCGAUCUUGAAAGUUUAUCAAUCAUCUGCGAAUAUACUUGAUGAGGAACACAUCGUGGAAAGUGUGAUCCCACAACUUUGGUUAUUGUCAAUGGCUUCCUCUUUAGACUCAACUACGUACAGUUCUUACACCACUGUUCUGAACGACAUUUCACAGAGAAUUCAAUCAGCACAUGCCCAGAAAUUGAGGCAUUUGGAAGGAAGCAAACCAAGAGAAGAUGAGGAUGACCAGGAGAAGUUCAGGCACUUGUUGUACGGCAAUGAAGACACAACGGUGACUGCUAGUAAUAAACCGGAGACCCCUAAGGUGUCUGCAGUACCAUUACAACCGCAAUCCAACCUGUCGUCAUCCUCACAGCCUGAGUACAUCAAACCUAAGAUUGAGCCAAUGGUCUUGAACCCCAAAAAGAAGACCACUACGGCCGCUGAGACCUUGAACUUUGGCUCCAACAGCCCAGCCAUGCAACCAGUCGUUAAGAAUUUGCGAAACAAUCCGUCUAUUCCUUCUAAUUCAAACGAUGAAGACUUUGCAGCUUUCGUAUCUGCUCCACAGUCCAGAGCCAGUCCUUAUGCUUCCCAGAACCCAACACAGUCCACUAGCAUAGACUGGAGCACUGAGUGGAAACAGCCAAUGACGAGCACAGCAAUGGCAACUACAAACAGCUUUGCCCAGCUGAACACACAGCAAACUCAACCACAACAAACUCAACCACACCAGCACGUACACACACAGUCGCAGGUGAAGCUACCCCCUGGCUUUGCAGACUCGCUGAUUCCAAUGAAGAAAGGCACUUCUACCGGUGGAUGGGACAAUUCAUGGAACAACGGUGACAGUUUGAUCUAA